CGGAUCCGCUCCUGGACCACCCGCGAGAACCACCAGGAACCAGAACGGCCUGACAGUUUCCUGGAGAAGAUGGCCAUGGCCGGCCAGGUCAGGGAAGCAGACGAUACUCAGCAUGCCUUCUGCUGCGGGGUCAUGAGGGGGGACUUCGCCAUCGACACGACCAAGCCAGCUCACUAUAAGUGGCUCUUCGUCAUGACGGCGGCGCUUCUGUACAACUGGGUGAUGAUCGUGGGUCGCGCCGUCUUCUGGGAGUUACACAACCUCAGCCCGGCUCUCUGGCUCAGCCUUGACUAUAUCUGUGACGGAGUCUAUGUUAUAGAUAUGGUUAUUCGGGCCCACGAAGGAUAUCUCGAACAAGGCUUGAUGGUCAAGGAUCCGAGCAAGUUACGCAAGAACUACAUCAAGUCGUGGGGAUUCAAGCUUGACCUGAUCUCCAUCUUGCCCACUGACCUCGUCUAUCUCCUCACCGGCACUAACUGUGAUAACUACGUCCCUGGGCCUGUCCUUGUGAGGGUUAAUAGGCUUCUGCGGAUAUCGCGCAUGGGUGAGUUCUUCGACAAAACGGAGACGAGGACGAACUUCCCCAACGCCUUCAGGAUCUGCAAGGUCGUCCUCUACAUCCUCGUCAUCAUCCACUGGAACGCCUGCUUCUACUUCGCCAUCUCCUACGCCAUCGGCUUCGGCACGGACGGCUGGGUCUACAAGAACAUCACCAUAGGCAGGAACGGCACCUUCUCGCAUCAGUAUAUAUAUAGUUUCCUCUCAACUGAUGCUGUUAAGAAACGGGCCUACUGGUCGACGCUGACCCUGACGACCAUCGGCGAGACCCCGCAGCAGAAGGACAUCGAGUACCUGUUCGUGGUCGUCGACUUCCUCGUGGGCGUCCUCAUCUUCGCCACCAUCGUCGGGAACGUGGGCUCCAUGAUCACCAACAUGAACGCGGCCAGAGCGGAUUUCCAGAACCGAAUGGACGGCGUCAAACAAUACAUGGAAUUCCGCAAAGUGUCAAAGGACCUGGAGAAUCGAGUCAUAAAGUGGUUCGAUUACCUCUGGAGCAACAAGCAGAGUUUAGACGAGGAAGGGGUGCUGAAAUCUCUGCCAGAUAAGCUUAAAGCAGAGAUCGCGAUUCACGUGCAUCUCGACACGCUAAAGCAAGUCAGGAUCUUCCAAGACUGUGAGCCUGGCUUGCUGGUGGAGCUCGUUCUCAAGCUGAAACUGCAGGUCUUCAGUCCGGGAGACUUUGUCUGCCGCAAGGGGGACGUCGGGAAGGAGAUGUACAUCGUGAAGAGAGGAAAGCUGUCCGUGGUGGCCGACGACGGGAAGACCGUGUACGCCACUCUGGGUGCUGGCAGCGUCUUCGGAGAGGUCUCGAUUCUGAACAUCGUCGGGAACAAGACGGGGAACAGAAGAACAGCCAAUGUGAGAAGUGUUGGUUAUUCUGACCUGUUCUGCCUCUCCAAAGAUGACCUCUGGGACGCUCUCACGGAGUAUCCUGACGCCAAGAAGUCCCUGAUGGAGCGAGGGCGGCAGCUGCUCAUGAAGGACGGGCUCCUGGACGAGGAGGCGCUGAAGGCGGCGCAGGAGCAGCAGGAAACGAUGACGGACAAGAUCAGUCGCUUUGAAACCUCCAUCGACACGCUGAACACCCGGCUCGCGCGCCUGCUGGCCGAGUACUCCAGCGCGCAACAGAAGCUCAAGCAGCGACUCACCAAGAUCGAGCGGCGGCUUGACUUCGACUGUGACGUCACCAACCCGGCGUCUCCGCGACUCAGUCCUUAUUUCCCUUUAUCGCCAAGGACCGGCAUGACCCCCUCGCCCUUCCCGCUGUCGGCCACCCGGGCCCGACGGAAGGACGCCCUCUUCGUCGCCUCGGGCCCUCCCCAGCCCCCGGACGACGAGCCCCAGUCCCUGCCACCCUCGGCCACCCCUGCCACCCGCGACCGCGGUGGGCAAGAGCAGCCACCCCCUCCCCAGCAGUGCUCCUCCCUCCCCCUGGCCACCCCCACGCUCCUCGUGCCUCCGUCGCCCUCUCGCAGGGACACCAUUUAA